AAGAAUGGUCUACCUCCUACUAGUUACACUUCUUAGUAUACUAGGGACCUUUGCUAAAGGAUGUACCCAUACGGAGAUCAUUAAUUGCUUUAUGCAACCAUCACUACUAAAUUAUACACACAAGAUUAACUCACCAAACAUUUUAAGGAUACUGAAAGCUCAGGAUACUGUAGAGGAAUAUUGUAGCAUAACAAAGGGCUUAACAUCAUGUCUACAGGACGUCAAAACAACAUGUUUAUCUACAAACAGAAUCACUUUAUCAAUAGACAUGGCGCUUUCUCUGAUAAACUACCUGUGUUCAGAGGGAAAACGAGAUUUCAUUGAUCAUUUUCAAUGUGUGAUUCUCGAUCAUAUCCAAAAUGAAACGAGUUUUAAGAGUUGCCAAAAAGAUAUGUUGGAUUUAUUCGAUUCUUUCAUAGAGGCCCAAAGAAGUGGUAAUAAUAAUUAUGGCAAAAUAUGCAGAGCAGCAAAUAAAAUUGUAACUUGUAUGGAAGAAGAAGGAAAAAGAGUAUGCAGUGACGAAGCAAGCAAGGUUAUGCGAACAAAAACGGAAGCUGCGAUUCAGCCAUUGAUGAAGGACAUAUCGUGUGAAAAUAAGACGCUACUACAUGUGCAUGGAUGUAACAAAGACGGAUUUUCUAACUGCCUAAUACAGUCAUCUCUACCAGAUUUCAUAAAGGAAAUAAGAUUAAUGAACAAUUCAAAGAUUUUAAAUGCUCAAGAGACUGUUGAUGAAUAUUGCAGUAUCAUAAGGAAGCCCAGCCAUUGCUUGGAAGACAUCAAGACCACAUGUCAUUUUACAAACAGCAUCUCUCUUGACAUAGAUAUCAUGCUUUCUGCUGAAAACUUCCUGUGUUCUGUAGGAAGACAAGGCUUCGUAAAGAACUUUCAGUGUGUGAUGUACGACCUUCUCCUUAACAAAGGUCUUGAUUUCUGUACAAAAACUUACAUGGCAAAACUAACGAGAAACAUAAUUGAGGCAGAUGCAAGUGGUUCUGGCAUUUCAAGCAAAGUUUCUGAAAAUCUAUGCAGAGCAGCAAAUGAGACAUUUAGUUGUUUUCAAGAGAAAAGCAGGACAUUGUGUGGUGAGGAAGCAGGAGCAUUCACGAAUGCUUACUUUGAAGCAAAAAUCCGACCAUUGAUGUCAAAUAUUACAUGUGAAAAUGGUUAUUCUCCAAGAAAAUAUCUCAGCAAUGUUUAUAUGGACCAGCAUGGUGAAAGUUCAAGUACCAUAACCUCUCCUACUCUGGGAAACAAUUGCUUUUUCAUACUUAUCCAAACUUUCGUAUGGGCAUUUACAACUGAUAUUUCAUUACAGUAGAUUUAACAUUAAAAAGUCCAACAUUAUUUGCUUGGAUUGUUCUGUAAAAAUAGUUGUGAAGAUAAUGAUCUCAAGUAAAUAUAAGUCGUGAAAUAAAUUGCACAUUUUUUCU